AUGGUUUUUGAGAUCUCUCAGCAUGAAAACGAAGUGGACGUGCAGCAGAGACCCGAAAAGGUAAAAGGCAGCUCUCAAAUUCCCACCGACAACCCGAACGGCCGCGCGUCUGCUGCAGGCCCCCAGACUCCCGUCUCUCGGGUCUUCCACGCUUGCGGCCAGAGGCCUACGCCCAUCACGUGGUGUUUGCGGCCGUCACCCGAAUAA